AUGGAGAAGCACAAUCUCACAGUGGUGAGAGAAUUCAUUCUGGUGGGCAUCACAGAUCGUCCUGAGCUGCAGGCUCUGUUAUUUGUGCUGUUCCUCAACAUCUAUGUGAUCUCAGUGGUGGGCAACUUGGGCAUGAUCAUCCUUACCAAGGUGGACUCCAGGCUACAGACCCCAAUGUACUUUUUUCUUAGACAUCUGGCUUUCACAGAUCUUGGUUAUUCAACAACUGUGGUUCCAAAAAUGUUAGUAAAUUUUGUUGUAGAUCAAAAUACAAUUUCCUAUUAUCUUUGUGCUAUACAACUAGCUUUCUUUCUUGUCUUUAUUGUUAGUGAACUUUUUAUUCUGUCUGCAAUGUCCUAUGACCGCUAUGUGGCCAUCUGUAACCCACUGCUCUACACAGUCAUCAUGUCACAAAGGGUAUGUAAUGUACUAGUGUCAAUUCCCUAUCUCUACUGCACAUUUGUGUCUCUUCUAGUCACCACAAAGAUUUUCACUUUACCCUUCUGUGGCUACAACGUCAUCAGGCAUUUCUACUGUGACAGUAUCCCCUUGUUAUCUUUACUUUGCUCAAAUACUCAUGAAAUUGAAUUGAUCAUUCUAAUCUUAGCAGCUUUUGAUUUGAUUUCCUCUCUUCUGAUCGUCCUUGUGUCCUACCUGCUCAUCAUUAUAGCCAUUCUCAGAAUGAACUCUGCAGAAGGCAGGCGUAAGGCUUUCUCCACCUGUGGGUCCCACCUGACAGUGGUUAUUGUCUUCUAUGGGACUUUGAUAUUCAUGUAUGUGCAGCCCAAGUCCAGUCACUCCUCCAACACUGAUAAAGUGGCUUCCAUCUUUUACACCUUGAUUAUCCCCAUGUUGAAUCCCUUGAUCUAUAGCUUGAGGAACAAAGAUGUAAAAUGUGCUUUACAAUGGACAUGGAAUAACUUAUGCAAUUUGUUUUCAUUAUCUUGUCAUAAAAUAUGA